GCCGUUGGUGUGACUUCAAUUUUGCAAACGGAAGUGGGCCUCGCCGCAAUAAUCUAACGCGAAAAACAGCACAACCCCAGCCAUCUACCAUCCCCCAAUCUACCCGGAACAAACUUCCGUGGCGAUUUUUAGAGUUCCUGAGCAGACGCUCACUGGACCCGGCGACAUUUGUGAGAAACGAUGGCUUCUAGCGUAACGCAACCGCUGUCAGAAUUGACAAUCGCUGACUUCCAGAAGUUGCGUAAAGAACUGGUUAGUCGAGGGUUGUUGAAAGAGGGGACGUGUAGCACGGCAGAGGAGCUGGAUAACCACUUGACUUCCUUGCUGGGCAAGGAUGACGCUUUCGUCGUUAGAAAUACUUUGUUCGGGAAGUUUCGUGAUCCGGUGGAAAAAGAAAGAAGCGUUGUGCAAGAGAUGCUUGAAGUGUUGAGGCCUGAACUUAUAUCAAGGAUGUCAUUUUCACUUCUACAUCAACUGUUUGAUGAUCUUGUAAAGGCUCAUGUUGUGAGUAACAGCCAAAUUGAAGAGAUAUUGUUCCAGAGCCCCGAUGUGAGACAACAAGCAGAGUCUCUGAUUGAUUUCAUCCUCCACCAAGAUCCAGAAAAAAGCCUCAAGAUGUUGCGUUUCGUAAGGAAAAGAAAUUGUACUCUUUUAAACAUCGGCACCAGUAGCACCACGGACACCGGCAACAUCCGUGACAUUGACGACAGUUGUGACACCCGCGAAUCCAAGUUACUCAGCAGCACCAGCGAUCACGACGACAUCUUGUUAGGCCAGGAGAGCGGCAACAGCAGCGACACCAGUAACUCCGGCACCAGUUCGACCACGGACACUGGUGAAGCCGGCGGCAACAUCUGUGACAUUGACGACAGUAGUGACACCAGCGAAUCCCCGUUACCCUUCAGCCCCCGCAAUAACGAUGACAUCUGGUUAGGCCAGGAGAGCGGCGACAGCAGCGAGACCAGUAACUCCGGUGACUCCAGCUACUCCAGCGGACCCUGUUCCACCAGCGACGAGGACACCAGCGGCACCAGAAGAUAUGACUCUUCGCAGUUGGAGCUUUCAAAUUUGAAGCCUGUGUUUAUUUCAAAUGUGCCAUUUCCUGUUCUACAUCAGCUCUUGGAAAAUUUUUGGAGGGCUCAUGUCUUGAGUAACACCCAAAUAGAAGAGAUAUUGAGCCUUGAUGCAAGCCAACAGAGACCAUCUCUAAUUGAUAUGGUACUCCGCAAAGGUCCAGAAGCAAGCUGGAAGAUGUUGUUUUUCCUAAAACUGAGAUAUCCUUCUCUUUUUGAACUCGGUGCAAAAGGAAACAAGAGGAAGAAGAAGAAGAAGGUUUUCCAAAAGCGAAGGGAUGAUUUGUCUUUUAAAGGCUACGGUGACAGCGCCAGCGCCGGCAGUGGCCUCAGCGGCGACACUGGCCCCAGCAGCGCCAGCGGCGACAUUAGCCUCAGCGGCGACAUUAGCCUCAGCGGCGACACUGGCCCCAGCAGCGCCAGCAAUUCCUCUUGGUUGCCGCUUCCAGGGCCACCAGAGUUUAUGACAGAGAGUCUUUUAUUUCGGCUGAUGGUUAAACUUGAAAUUGAUCUCUUCUUGAGUCCCGAGGAAAGAAAUCUAGUAUUCUCUUUGAACUCUGAUAUCAGAAGUAUGGUGUUCUAUCUGAAUCAUGUAGUCCACCUGAAAGGUCCAGAAGCAAGCAAGAAGAUGCUGUAUUACUUGAGGUGGAUAGAGCCUCGACUGUUCGGGCACUGCCUUGUUGAGCAAUACAAAGGCAUGCUGGUUGACCUGGUGAGAGAUGUUGACGCUCUAAUAAAGGCUCUUAAUAUGAGGUGGGGAGUUGCUGUAAGUGAUGAGAUCAAAGCCAUCUGCAGCCCUCAGGAGAAGAUGUCAAAGGUCAUUGAUAAUCUAAAAUCUGUGGAACAAAAACGGAUCUUCUACAGCGUCCUUGAGGAACGGGAGCCACAAGCACUCGACACAGUAUUAAAGAAAAUGGAAACUGAUCCAUCAUCCAAACACUUUGAAAUGUUCAUAGCGAAGUGGCUUACUGAAAGUGGAACAGUUGCCGAGGAUCAAUGGUCUAUACUUGAGCCGGAAAUGAGCCAUGUUGAUGGUUGUACGUGGUACAGCUUCUGCUGCGUACCAGGUCAAUUUGAGUGCAGCGUCUCGGGCCUGCGCUGGAUUUGUAAGGAUUCGCCUUUGAGUUUUCAGUACCGCUUUGGCCAAUGGUGUGAUCACAAGGACACAACGGAGGCCCUACAGUACAUGGCUGCAGGCCCCCUACUGGACAUCACAGUUAAUGAUGGGCAUUUUGAUGAGGUCUAUCUGCCACACUGUAUCUGCACAACUGUUGAUCCUACAAUUCUGGAAAAGUUUGCAGUUCUGCAUGCACAUACUGAUGGAGUUAGUGUGGAAAACGUGUCCGACAUCACGCCGUCCCAUGUCAAGCUACCGCACACAGAUUUCUCUGAAAACGGACCACUUCUCCGGUUUUGGCGCUGGGCUGGCUUCCCGGUGUUUUUAGAGUGCAAAGUGUUGAUAUACAGGACAAAGAAAACAUUCCUCACGCUGCAUGUUUAUCUGAUACCACGCGACUCUGCUCUGGAAGCGGAACUACAAAAGAAGGCAGAAAAGCAAGGUUAUGAAAUGAUUGAGAAGCCUUACCCCCAAGGAACCUUGGAAUUGGAUGCCCAAUUCAACCUCAAAACCAAUGUUGACGAUUCAGCAAUAACCCCAAAGGAUUUUAGGUUCAAAUAUGAAACUCGAGACCCGAAUUUCUUUGAGGUGUUCAUUGAACGACCAGGGGCUUCAUUCACUCUCACACUUGAAAAUGCAACUAGAACAGUGUGGAGCUGUAUAAUUCGACAAUACGACUACACCUGUGCUGGAGCCGAUGUGCCUGAAUUGAGGACAUAUGAUGAGGAGCUUGGACGAGUGAGCACUGAUUUUGCGGAACGGGUCAGUGCUGAAGUUACGCAUCAAUUGUUGAGUGACCUUUUGGGCGCAAGCCUGAAUGACGGUGAGAGAGCUGCAAUAAUUGAGGGGCACAGGAUCCAAACGCACAGAGCACGUGCACUGAUCGAUACGAUAAGGAAGAAAGGACCCAAAGCUUCUAGGAUGAUGAUCUUCCACCUGGAGCGCAGAGACAGCACACUUCACGGCCUGCUAGGGCUGCCCCGUAUCCCAACCCCCAAGCAGCUAAAAUACUGCAAGCGCUGAAGCAAGAACCUAGUCUUAAUUGAAUCGAGUACACUAUUAAUUUUGCCCAAGUCUUCAAUUUCAAAGAAGUUUUUGGGUUGUUUCCACCAUAUUUGUAGCACCAAAGCUAAGAGUAUGCAUUCGUCAUCAUGUGUGUGGUAGUGUGAAGCAUCUGAAAACGUUUUUUUUUUUUUUUAAACAGUUUAUCAAUUAAAUGAGAGCGCACAGGGCAUCAACAACAAACAGAUAAUUGAGAUGCAAAUGCAAAUCCAGAAUUCUAGGCAUGGUCCAAAUUAAGAAGAUUCAACCGUAAUAUUUUGAAAUUACCUUUGCUUUUAAAUUGCCAAAGUACUCAUUUAGGCCUUUUCACUCUACACAUGGAGUUCUUGGUGUUAAUCGCGAGGCAGCGUGCAGCAAUCAGGUGCAAACCUGCCCAUUUUCGGAAGUGGUAACUUAGCGACCUACCAGAGUUUAGCAGAUGUAUGUAUAAAAGUGGAAAAUUAUCAGCUACCUUUAUGCACUUAAUUAAGCUGUGUUUUUCCAUUUUUUUCAAUGGCACAUUUCUUUGAUUGAAAAAGAAAUCUCACAGCAGACCACUUGCCGAAAAUGUGAAAAAAGCUCAUUUUAAGAAUUAAAGUGUUAUAUUUUUCUUCUGAGCGUUUUUUAACAUUGAAGAAUAAUGUAAAAUUACAGCACCUUGGAUAGGAAUCAAAUAUUUUAUACUCUUUCAUAUUUAUUCUCACUCGGUGUGAUAAAUGGAUUGGAUGAACACAAAUCUGAUAUCCUGGCAGCAAUUGGUGAAAGACGCACGAUGCUCUUCCUCUACAGCUCUCAGUCGUUCUCUGUUAUUAAUUUUUACAGCUAUUUCUUUAGCUGCUUCGGGUCUGAAUGUCUCAUUUACAUUGCCACUGGGACUUUUUUAUUUUUUUAAAUGUAGCCACAAGUUCAGUGACAUGGUAACUUGCUUUCAGGGCUCAUGCAUGUGCUUGUUUCCCACAGCACACCUAACAAUACGUCACAAUGUUUGAAAACCACUGCACUAAAGUACAUGAAUCGUAUCUUAAUGGUGUGACAGUAUUUUUAUAUGUACAAUAUAAUUUCAUCAUAUGUAUUUUAUAAAGUCUUCUGGCUCAUG